AGAGUGCUCCCAAUAAGCAUAACAUGGAACUGAAAGGUAGAGAGCAAAACUGUAAACGUUCAGAUGGACUGUCCCGUGUAUCAUUUCACAUUUUUUGUAUUCUAUUUUCUUGUAGGAAGAUAAAGCACGCUAGACUACUUUUUCCGUUUUUCCCCCGUGAAAAUUUAUUAUAGUAAUCGUGAGUCAAUAAACCAAGGUAAUGCGUGUAUCGCGAGAUUGAAGGGUAAAUCACCUAGGGAACCAAUCUAAACCAAUGAAAACAUCAUAUACACAAAUAUUCAUCACCGGUACUUAGAAACGCAGCAAGCUGUUGUCGUAAAUAUGCCAAUUCCAUUUAAACCUUUUUAAUCUGCCUUUAUUCUUCGAUAACCUCCAAUUUGAAAUGUCUGAUGUUUAUGUCUUUCAAAUAAGUCUUUGAAGUUUCCCACACAAAUAAUUUCCGAAACAUUGUGGAAUGGGAUAAUUUUACUAAUUGUGUAUAGAACCAGGUGUCAUUCGCUCUGUUGUGUUUGCUCUUUCGAGUUCUGUUUCGUUUUGCUUCACCUGUCUGGGUAAGUUGUGGUGAUGAGCGCGCUUUCUUCUGAGCACAACAGGCUGCGGAUAUUUCCUCUUCAAGUUGAAGUUCUGGAACCAUUGGGGUUUUUACUAAUGACUAGCAUUUUUUCAAAUCAUGCAAAUGCGGCUUCCUUUUUUCUAGCUCCCCCAUCUCGUCUAAACACUUUUCCGUUUUUUUUUUUUUUUUCAAGAGUUUUGGACAGUAUUGAGGAUAAUUAUAAUAACGGAAAAAGCAAUGGAAUGAAUAACACAGACGAUGCUAUUUCAGCAAAGCUACUUUCCGAAUUAGUUGAUUUUUCUGUGAAAAUAAUGCGCCGUUUUUCUAUUUCCUAAUGUAAUCAAGGCAAGAAAUUAUUUUCACCAUAUGAGAAAGACCAUCAAAAUUUUGAAGCAUCCAAUAGUUUCGCCUUUAUUGCAACCGGCAAAGUUGAAAUGAAUUGAAAAUUUAAAUAUGCAUAUUACAAUAAAGGGCACAGCGGAUGUACCCUACGUAAUAGCCGCCUUUGGCGCUUAAUAAUUUCUACAAGCAAUUGCUGAUGACGAAAUAAAGCAAGUAGUAUAUUUAUUGGGUUGGUUAUUCGACACUAACGCAUUGUUUCUCAUACAAAUGAGGCGGAGAUGGUCCAAUCGCAUUACAGACCUUAGCGCUCUGUGCACCUGGAUAGGUGCGUGCGCAUUGCCCCGUGCAAACAGAGCAUAUUCUUCCUCCGUCAGAACUUGAAACAACGUUCGCUUUUCUUGAGAAUUCACUUACAAGGGAAAGAAUCAGCAUUCUUUUCCUGAUCGUCUACCCGGGUUAAAUGCGUCUCCGGAUCAUGCUAAUGGGAUCGGCGGAUUCGAUUCCUGUCUGGUUGACUGCACUUUUGCUCAACUUUUGAUGUCCUGUGAACGAUGAGGAAGUUCCUGUUUUAUCAGAUUUUCCUGGUUAUUCUACGCACUCUAUCUGUUCGAUCUGCCGAAUUCCCUUUCCUCGGGACUUCCUCUGUCGAAAAUGUCGAUUCGCUUUACCUUGGCUGUUUUAAGGAGGGAUGGCCAGUGCGUGACUUGCUCUUUUCGGCGGGGGACUAUGACACCAGAUCUUUGGAUCCCAAGAAAUGCUUAGAGAUUUGCGGUAAACUGUAUUUCCAAUACGCCGGAUUGCAAAAGGGCGACCUGUGUUUUUGCGGAAGGGAUUAUGGAAAGAGCGGAGUAAGCAAUGAAUGCGAUCGGCCCUGCUCGGGAGACAACACCAGACAUUGCGGUGGGAAUUCUUCCUAUUCAGCGUACAAUUCAACCUUUUUCAUAGGACGUUUGUCAGUGGAGAAAUCUCUAGAGCUAACCGAGCUGUAUUCUGAAGUAAACCUUACAGUAACCUUCUUAAAUGGAACAACGACAGACGUUGGUUAUGCAGUAGAUCUCGAGGAUGAAAUAGGUUAUUCCACUACAAGGAGUACACACCAACAAUUCACGUUCCGAACGACAAGAUGGGGAACAACAAAGAUUUAUCUCAGAAAUACUAUUUCCAAAGCUUUUAAAACGACAGCGUUUGAACUAAGAACCCGCGCUGGCGUAAAAUUUGUCGAGCUGGAUUGCCCUCAAGUCGUCACAACGAAUGUGCCGUUUAUCUGUGAGACGAAGGUGUAUCAAGGGACAGACGUAUCAAUGGUUCGGCUCUUCAACAACGAACCGCCAGUCACCGCCUCCUUACCAGACCCAUCUUAUGUAAAGAUAGGGAACCCUGUUCCUCAGUGGAGCCAGCAAGGUGUUUCUUCAAACUUCACCGGUGUAUUACUCGUUCCAUCCACGAGUAUACGAACAGAGACGUUGAUUGUCAGCAUAGAAGUAUAUGGAGUCAAAGAAGGACCAGCAAAACUGUUUGUCGCAACACCACUCUGUAACUUCACAAACCAAACGUAUUGCCCAAGUAACUUAACAUGCAUUCCUGUUGGCACGUCCUGCACUAUCCCUGUCAAUACCUGCUCGCCAACAAAUGUCCUGAGCAUCACAAAAGUCAAAUGCGGGACUAGCAACUGCACAUGCAACAUGGCAUCCACGAUAACCACACUCCCGGUCAUGGACUACACUAUCGCCUGUGAGUUGGGAACGUUUAACCUCAAUCUUGGUUACAACCUGUUCGUCCUCUCAGAUGGUAAAGCCUGUAAAGUCAAGCAAGGAGACGUGCUUGGUUGGGUGAGCGACGGAGGUGGUCAAAUCGGACAUCGGAACGGAGGCAAGGCAUAUGAGAUUUCAUCACUUGACUCUAGUCAUAUCAUCAAAGGUUUUAACAUAUCUAAAGCCACGCCUCGCACGGAGCGACAUGUGGAGUACCUCCUGAAAGUUAUCGCCAGCGAAGCGGUUAUAUCACGUGCUAGCCAUGUAUUACUGAGCCCAGGAUUACAUAACUACCAGGUGAAGUUAAACAACACACUGACCCCGCUGUUAGAGGUAAAUCGCCUCGUCAUCGCCCAGGUUCCAGCCGUCUUAAUUAGUCCUGUAUAUCCCCUGGGAUUCGAAACGUUUGGGGCACUCGUAGGACACCAAGUUGAACUAUGUGUGAACAUGACUUCCGCAACAAACCUUUCCAUCGUAUGGAGAAAUGCCUCAGUCGAUGGUGAGGUUAUCUGGGAAGGCUUUGUCCCGAACAGUCUCGAUGAAUAUACGAUUUACCGCAUCAACCACAGUUUAAGCACUCCUGGGCGGUAUGAGAUUUAUGUUCAGGCAUCCAAUGCUAUCAGCUCUGUCAACACUACAGUUGCCGUGCUUAUCACUAAUGGGAUAACUGGUUUGCUUGGAUCGUUACUCAAAAAGCAUUUGACUGUCUACAAAGGACUGGCCGUAGUUUUCAACUCCUCUGUGGCAAGUGGCGAUGGCGUGCGAUAUCGGUGGUUAUUUGGCUCUCAAGGAACCGUAGGUUUUACUGCAAGUAACACUACAACGUUUGUGUUUCAUCAGACCGGUACCGUGAACGUCACAUUAAUAGCAAGCAAUCUUGCCAUGGAAGUUGACACAUCAUUUCUGGUAGAAGUCGAGGACCCGGUAACAAUGACCUCUUCAAUGGAUUGGGCGCCUGUCAAUACUUCCGUCGUGUUUACCUGUGCGCUGAAAGGAAACUUUGACUUGACUCAAUACCAUUGGGACUUUGGAGAUGGGACCAUCGUAACUGCUGCCAAUUCGUCGAAUGUGACUCAUACUUUCUCCCGUGGUAACACUUUUACGGUUUCUUGCCGCAUCGCGAGCAAUGUCCCACUUAAUUCCAGUGUUUCUAUCCUCAUCAUAGCUCCAGUGACUGGGCUGACAAUUUUGCCGUUUCCUGGUGUAGAAGUAAAUCAAACCAAGAUGUUCCAGGCUAUGUACACCGCUGGUAAUAAUUUGACGUUUGAGUGGUGUAUACAAGGCCUAAAGAUGGCAUUCAUAGCCAUCUGCUCAAACAAUAAUAUAUCCUACUUCUUCAACGCGACUGGCGAAUACACCGUCAUUGUCAAUGCAUCUAACGCCAUUUCCUCCGAUUCUUACCGUCUGACAUUUUCGGUAGAGUAUCUCGUUACUGGUGUGAACAUCACUGCCCGACCAAACCCAGCUAAGUCUAACGAGCUUAUAAAUUUCAACAUCACCAAGAAUUCGGGUAGCACUGUUCAAUAUCGUGUUGAUUUUGGUGAUGGACUUGUGAUAUAUAAUUUUGAUGGAGAUCUUCUGGAGUUUAACCGCAAUUUCGUCGCAGGCAAUCGACAGAUUAUCCUUACAGCUAAUAACUCUGUCAGUUAUCUAACCAUCUUUUACGCUCUCAUCGUGCAGGAUAAGAUCCAAGAAAUGAAUAUAUCAAUCAAUGCAGACGCUGUUGUUAAUGGCAUACGGUACGUUGCACUUGGGAAAACCAAACAGCUCAAAGUAAGGACACUGAACGGUACGGACAUUAUGGUUGACUGGCAGAUAGACGGUUGGACAUAUCACGACAAAACUAUCCAAACAACCGGAAACACGACCAUAACAAGGAAUCACGUGUUCAACUACGAGAAGGAAGUAUUUGUUAACGCUACUGCAAGAAAUUUGGUGAGCACUCACAGUUUGUCUUUGCGAUUUGUCGUCCAGGCAGCAAUAGAGGGCUUCACUGCAAAUAUCCCUGACGCUGUUGUAAUAGGAAGGUCAGUCAUUCUGAGCCUGGAAAAGGAUAAGGGUGGGAAUGUCAUUUAUGAAGUCAGUAAGGGAGAUGGCACUGCUAACGUGACAACGACGGAAACAAAGCAUGUAUGGCAGUACGAUUCACCGGGCACGUAUCGUGUUACUUUGAGAGCCUUUAAUCAACUCAGCGCAGCUACUUGGACAAAACUUGUCACUGCCCAGUACGCCAUCGCGGGUUUGAAGUUUACUCGGCAAGUCGAGGUUGUGGGUAUGAAUGAAUCCUUUACUAUCAAGUGGGCAAUAACUAACGGGACUGACGUCACCUUUAGAAUACGUUAUGGUGAUGGAAAUCCCGAAGUAAACGUUUCAUCUCAGCUUACAAUCACGCAUACAUAUAAAUCUCCUGGGAAAUUCGCAAUUGAAUUAACAGCAAUGAACCUCGUGGACAGAAUUGAUAUUAGACAGUACGUAACAGUCGAGGAACGCAUUACUGGACUAAAUGCAUCCGCUGAACCAACGACCUUCAAGCUCGGGGACUCCUCCCUGGUUGUGAAAAUAAGAACGUCGCUUGUGAAAGGAACUGGGGUGACUUACCAGUACGAGUUCGAUGAUAAUACCGAGUUAGUGUCUACUUCAGAUGCGAGUGUUGAGCACCUGUACUCCUACCCUGGUGUUUUUAGAGUACAUGUGACUGCUAGUAACAAGUUAGGAAAGAAAAACACUUCGUUGCUUGUAACAGUAGAGAAGCCCCCAUCACCCAUCAAGAUCAUUGGACUAAAAGUUUCUGCUUGUCCUUGCGUUUUAGGAACACUCUGUGAAAUCCAGGUGAAGUGGGAGCAGGGAUUUGAAUUUAAUUGCGAGCUUAAAUUUGGUGACGAAACAUCUCAGAAUUUGGAUGACACAGCUCUGCGGAAACCUAUUCAACAUCUUUAUCAUCACCCUAACACUUAUCAGCUUCAAAUCUCAUGUGAAAAUAGUCUUGGGUCGGUUCAAGCUGGAGGUAAGAUGGAUGUCGACGAGCCACUUUCAGGUCUAGAUUACAAGUUAGGUAACCAGAGCAUAGUACAUGCCGUUUAUGGGGAAUCCUUGAAGGUGGGAUGGCUUUGGACGGCUGGAUCAAGGAUACAAAUUACCGCGGAGUUAUCAGAUUACGGCCAGCUACAUGACCUCCCGCACAAUUCGACAAGCGUGGAGCUUAAAAGUAGUUACUUCACCUAUCCUGGCGAUUUUGUGUUGACAGUAAAAGCGAGAAACUCAGUUUCUAAACCACAGAUGAUCAGCUUGACGAUUGCCAUGGUUCAAGAAAUAAGUGAUUUGAAGCUUUCCAUCAACCCGAAUGUGGCAAUUGGAUUCCCCGCGAUGGCUGCUCUUACGAUGAACGGAUCCCACGCCGUGUCACUGUGGUCCUACGGAGAUGGAAGUUCUCUGAAGAAACACGAAAGCGGACCUCGACAGUUCAUCACAUCUAGACACUUGUAUGCGCAUACCGGAAUGUUCCCUGUUACAGUAACUGUCUGGAAUCGUCUUUCCAAGAAGAAUGAGACGGCCCUCGCUUAUGUAUCAGUCCAAGUACCUGUCACUAACAUAUCGGUACCUUCUGAUCUCACGGCGUCCCUCGGCAACAGCGUGACUUUCACAGUUAAGAUAACAUCACAUGAAACACCUACCAAUGCUAGCUAUUACAUAAUCUAUGGAAACGGAGAAAGAUCACCUAUUAAAACUUUUCAGACGUCAAUUGCCUCAUAUGAAUAUACUUAUGCUGCUGCCGGCUGCUACAGGGCUCGAAUGUUUGUGAUAAAUUCCAUCAGUAGUCAAUCUCGGUACAUCACAGUACGUAUCAUCAGCGCAAUCGAAAGGCUCUCACUGCAAGCCAAGCCUCCAGCGUUUGCUCCAUGGCUUCGUGACGUUCUGCCCUUUGAAUACCCGGUCGUGCUUCAAGCAUCGAACGUCAACGACUCCUGUUUAGAGUUUGAGUUUUCCUUUGGUGAUGGCGAGUCAAGCAGUGGCCCAUCGACAGUCAGUCAUUCGUAUCCGCUACCUGGUGAAUACACAGUUACUGUAAGAGCCUUUAAUCCCUAUUCGCACAGUGUCAAGCACGAAUAUGCUACUACUAAGGUAAAGCUAGUCAAAGGAAUCUAUGACGUAUUCCUGGCAUCCAAUAGCCCUGGUCGACCGGAAAAAACCGUGACUUUUGUAGUAUUUUGCUCUAGCCCAGGAAAUGGUUCUUCCUUCGUUUUGGACGUUGGUAACGGUGAAAAUGUUACUCUAUCCACACCUAGCGAUAACUCUUUGGUAUCCGCCGAGAAAUACCUUCGCCCACAAACCAGGCUCCCGUUUGAUCCGACUUUCUCGUUUUACUCAGUCGUAUACAAUCACACGUUCGACAAAGUCGGCAACUACAAAGCUAAGUUGAUGGCCUGGAACGAGGUGUCCCGGCAUGCUUUGCAGAUUGAGGUAGCAGUGACGGAUAUUGGUUGUCGUAUCCCCGAAAUUACCAUAUUUGGCGGCGGAAGCACAAUAUUGUCUGCCCCUACUGUGAUUUAUGGGAAUAGCUUUGAAAUGACGUCAGAGGUCAAUGUGACUUGCAACAGUACCGUAAUGGCGGAGUUCAUCUGGACCGUCUACGUUGUCGAUACACGCCUUGACAGCAAUACUUCGAUGCCUCCAAACAGCGCCAGAGAAAUACAGUUGCCUAGUAACGUCAUUCGCUCCCAGUCUUCCAUUAUCAUACCCGGAUACUCUCUUUCGCCUGGGGUCUACCAGGUUGUCCUGAAAGUCGUGCUUAACAGUAAGGAAGGCGUCAGGCUAGAAAACUCCGAACAGAAAUACAUUAAGAUAUCGACCCCUGCAGUCAAAGCUGUCAUCGCUGGCGGUACCGCAAUAUCGCAUGGAUGGCAGUCUAAGCUUGUCCUAGACGCUUCUGGGUCACAUGACCCUGCGUAUCCUAGCAACGAUGUACUCUCGUUUGCGUGGUACUGUACCCAGGUGACAAAUGUGAUCAAGCCCGGGUAUGGGUGUUUUGGGAACAUCUCUGGACAUGUUGAAAGUGAAAGGCCUGUGUUUGUAAUUAGGGAAAUGGCGCUAUUUGAGUCUGUUGAUUAUAAAUUUACGGUGGUUGUGACGUCAACUAAUGGACGUCAGGCAACGGCCAUUCAACGAGUGACAGUGUUAGCGGGAGACCCUCCAAACAUCAAGAUCAGGUGUCUAUUUAACUGCGGUUCUAAAGUCACUGUGCCGGAGAGGCUUGCCUUACGCACGACGUGUAGUAACUACGCCAGUCUUGUCCUGGAAUACAGAUGGAGCGCCUACAGAUCGGGCCCGUUCGGACUAGAGACUCUACAAGUAUGGCCAGACAAAGCAUUGACUAGUAAUGACCUGUCGGACGCUGUAAUCGAAAAGAAAGUCUUUGAGCCAGAUGCUAAUUAUGUGCUUAAGGUGGAAGCAAGAAGGAAAGGAGGCAAUUGGGCUUUCGCGACGUACGCUUUCGUUACAAACUCCCCACCAAAAGGCGGCUACUGUGGCAUUGUACCCCAGGAAGGCGAAGAGCUAAAUACAAAGUUCAGUGUCACUUGUGCUGCAUGGGAAGAAGAAGACACUCCGCUCACCUAUGAGAUUUUGCUUGAGCUCAUGCCUGGGAACUACGCUCUCAUGUGGUAUGGACCGGCGUUAUCGAACUCACAGGUUGUCCUUGCCGCUGGGAAGAAGGAGAACAACUUUACACAAAACCUGAUUGUUCGAGUGCGUGACGUGUUUGGCGCUGUCAACGAUACCGAGUUUACAAUCAAGGUUAGACCAUGGACUAACGUGGAUUCUACCAAACUGUUGGAUUUCACCAAUGGUUCAGAUAGCAUUUUACAGCAGUCCAUAGCUCGCGGUGAUCUACAAGGUGCAGUGCAAGCAACCACUGUUAUAGCGAGCAUGUUGAAUACAAUGUCUGAAAACUUCACAACACAAGGUCGAAUACAGGUGCGGGAGGUCCUAGCGGGCGCCAUGUCUGGCCUCAUCAUUCGGGAUCUUCUAGCUGUUCGGCAACUUUCCGGGUCUAUGGAGAUGAUAACGCUGAGAAGUGAUGAGCUCACGUCGCAGGCGCAGCUCUCAGCAAGUCUUGUAUUCCCGAAAGUUGCCGAAGUCGUUAGUAAGUCAAGUGCGCUCGAUGAAGACCCAGCUCUUGUUGAGCUGGCUUGUCGCAAAGCUCUAGCGGGGGUAGGAAGUGUCAUCACUGCAGCCAGUAUGGAUACAUCAACCAGCGAGAACAAAAUCACUCUACCAAGACUAUUGAACUCCACGAGCAUUAUGGCGGGCUCGAUAGAAAAGCAAAAAGUCCCCGGCGAAAACAAGACAGUUAUCGCCACUUCCGACCUGUCGCUACUGGUGUACAAGCUCCCCCCGGAACAGAUCACCAAGGAAGAAAUAAGGGCUGGAGAUCAGGGGGGGUUCCUGCUCCCCUCAGGUGAAGAGCUUUAUUCAAAUAUGGACAAAACUCCCGACGCGGUCGGAGUAAUUAUGUUGGAGCUUCAGCGAAGUCCGUUCAUCACAAGUCAGAACUCCUCCAUUACUUCCUCUGCCCUCUCGCUUGUCCUCAAGGACUCCUCCUCGCACGAGAUUCUCGUGCAGGGUCUUAGCGAUAACUCCUUGAUCGACAUAUUCCUUAAUUCGUCCACGCCGCCCGCACAGGCUCUGCCGAACACAACUCUGUGCACUGCAGGGAAUAUGAGCGUUCACAAAGUUCAAUUAAGCAAACCGUUAUGUGCAAUCACAGUAGAGAUCCUCCGCGCAAACCGAAGCGUUCCAUUAGAUGUUUAUGUUCGCCAUGGUAGCAGACCUACUCCAACUGAGUACGACCGUAAGAUGACAUUACCCGGCGUUAGCUAUAUGCUUGAAGGCAACCUAUCGGAGCCUUCUUCAGUGUUCAUUCCUAGCAGUAACAUAACCGGUGAUGUGUUUGUUGGGAUUAUGCUCAAUGGUAGCGGUGCUAUGAACUAUACCUUUGGUGCCUAUUCGUCUUGUUGCUAUUUUUGGGACGAGGCCGGAGGCAUGUGGUCAUCACAAGGUUGCGAGGUGGGCAGAAAUACCAGUCGCCAAGUGACACAUUGCAAAUGCUCGCAUCUCACGUGGUUUGGUGCAAAGUUAUUCAUCCCGCCUAAUGCCAUUGAUCUAAGCUCAGCAAUAAAGAAUUUCGCUAACUUUGACGAAUCGCCUGCCUUGCUGGCCACAUUCUGUGCCAUUCUUGGGAUGUACCUAGUAGCGCUUAUCUGGGCAAGGAGACGAGACCUCAAGGAUACUAGCAAGGUCGGACUAGUAGCGGUACCGGAUAGCGACAUCAGCGACCUGUACCGGUACGAGGUGACAGUGUACACGGGGCGUGGCAAAGCUGCGGCCACCACCUCUAAUGUGACACUUAUCAUGUGCGGUGAGCUGGGUGAGAGCCAGGCUGUCACGCUCACGGAUGACAACAGUGAAGUGUUUCAGGCGGGAGGAAUUGAUUCAUUCUUUGUCACGACUCCAAACCCACUCGGAGCGCUCUGCUACAUCCGUAUUUGGCACGACAACACAGGGAGCAAUCCCUCGUGGUACCUGAACCAGGUGGCCGUACGUAAUAUCGAUUCAAACGAGAGGUUUUACUUCUUGUGCUACCGCUGGUUCGCCUGUGAUGAGGGAGAUGGUGAGGUGGACCGGGUUCUACCAGUAGCAGGGAAAGAGGAACUGGCGCAGUUCAUGUAUCUGUUCCGUUCGAAGGCGACUCGAGAUUUCUCGGACGCCCACUUGUGGUUCUCGAUUGCUUUAAGACCGUGUCGAAGUCUUUUCACUCGUACUCAGCGGGUGACAUGCUGUCUUUCUCUCCUACUAUGCACAAUGCUGGCAAAUGUGCUAUGGUACCAAGUACCUCAAUCGCAAAAGGAAGAUGUUAUCUUUGAAUCUGGAUUCAUUCGAAUCACGUGGCAUGAGUUGCUGAUUGGAAUUCAAUCGAGUCUACUUGUGUUUCCUAUAAACUUGCUUAUCAUUCAAAUUUUCCGUAAUACAAAGCCAAGGCCGCUACACAAGGAUGACAGUUGUGAAGUGAAGAGCAUUUGCAGUAGGUCAGUGACGACUCCAGCUAUAGCCCUUCAAGAUAUUACAACGGUAACAAGGGAAACACCGGAUGUGGUUAAAUCCUGGACGCAUUCAGAACGACGGCUCGACAGCCCAUACAAACAGCGGCGUGGCGAAGAGAAGAAAAACCUGGACACGAUUGAAAGACGUUUUUCCAGGAAACAUCCGUUCAGAAGCCAAGAGAGUGUUGACGAUGACCUAUUAACACUCCUUAUAGAAACCCGUCUUGAUGGGCUCUACCGUGAGACGACUCCAGAGAACAAAGCCCCUGCUGACAUCAAGCAUGCGGAUAGAGCAGACUUGUUUGAGCCGACGGAACAACCAAGCCCUGUGUCGAUAGAGAGCUUUGACUACGUAGAUGGUGCAAAACCGCUCUUCAAGUCCCCUGCCGAGGCGAACGCCCGCAAGAGCAAGAAGGCCAAGGAGCACGUGGGAAAGGUACUACUGCCCUGGUGGUUUGUGUACGUGGGCUGGGCUCUGUGUCUGCUGACGGCUUGUACAGCGGCGUUUUUCACUAUGCUGUAUGGUUUGACGUUUGAUAAACCCAAGCAACAUGCAUGGUUGAUAUCGAUGUUCUUCUCCCUUGUACAAGAUAUUUUUAUUUCCCAACCUUUAAAGGUUCUAGGUUUUGCUCUUGUUUUCGCACUCGUGUUGAAGAAGCCGCAAGGUGAAAAUGAUGAAAAGCUGAACUCGGAGCUCGCCAAAGAUCGUCAGUGGUUAGAGGAACACGUGGGUCAGAGAGACAAGCGGCGUAACGCCAUCUCAAACGACAAGCCGAAGUACUUGCCUCCAGAUCCGUCCGCCCUGCAGCGAGCUCGCCUUCAGCGCUUCAAGGAGCGUAAGAUGUUCGAGGUCAUCCAAGAGAUCUUAUUCUACGCGCUCUUUGUCUGGGUCGUACUGGUGGUCGCUUACGGGCACAGGGAUCCUAACGCGCACGUGAUGAACCAAGGUCUAGAAGACGUGUUUUCCGGCCGGGGUAACAGCUGGAUGGUGGAUUAUGAGCCGCCCAAACUCAGGAACAGAACCAUAAUCAAAUUUCUAAGGGUGAGUGACAUUACAUCAUUUUGGAAUUGGACAGAAGCUGUGCUCAUUCCAGGCCUGUACAGUGAGUCUUGGUAUAACGGACGGUCGGAUAAGCCAGGUUUUCUAGCGGAUCAUACCUCAUGGAUGCUGGGUACCGCACGGAUGCGACAACUUAGGGUGAAAGCGGGAGACUGCAAAGUUCAUGACGUGUAUAGUGGAUAUUUAGCCCAGUGCAACGGCCCAUAUAGCUGGGACACAGAGGAUACUACACCUGUUUUCAGACCCGGCUGGCGGCCCGCCCCAUCCAACUACUCAACCGCCCAAAACGCUUGGAAAUACCGCGAUUCGAGCGAACUGAGAUCAUUGCCACACCUGGGUAAACUGGCGCUUUACAGUGGAGGAGGCUACGCGUUUGACCUCGGCAAAAAGGAGAAAGCCAUGGCUAUGCUUGCACAGCUAAAGCGGGAUAAAUGGGUGGACAGAUCCACGCGCGCGAUUUUUGUGGAGUUCACUGUGUACAGUUCUUACACAAAUCUGCACUGUGUCGGCUAUCUCCUCCUAGAGGUACUGCCAAGUGGGGGGACAAGUCCGUUUUCGGAACUUCUCGUAACGCGUAUUGAUCGUUAUGCCGGCAACUUCAUGAUUUUUGUCCUCCUCUGUGAGAUCUUAUUUGUGCUAUUCACCGUGUAUUUCACCUACAAGCAAGGCAAAGAGAUUGCGAGGGAAGGCGUCGCGUACCACUUCCACGAGUACUGGAGCUGGGUGGAGCUUGUGUUGAGCGGAUGUUCGUGGACCAGCAUCGUGUUAUACUUCGUGAGGUUCGGCAUCAAUAAAUCAACAGUGUUGACCUACCACAAGGAUACAUCAGUCUUCGUCAACUUCCACGCACUCGCUGCGAGUGAUCAAGUCUUCGGAUAUGUUUACGCAUUUGUCGCAUUUUUCGUCUCUCUUAAAUUCCUGCGUCUUUUUCGAUUCAAUAAACGAAUGUCGUUGUUGGCAACGACAUUAAAAUGCUCUGCAAAGGAGCUUGCGCAUUUCUCCAUUGUCUUUGGUCUGGUGUUCAUGGCCUUUGUUCACUUCUGUUAUCUCAUCUUCUCGACCGAGCUGUACAUCUUUCAUACCGUGCUAUCGACCGUCGAAACACUCAUCAGCGUCAUGCUGGGGAAAUUCAGCUACGAACGUCUUCUCCAAACCAACCGUCUGCUUGCGCCAUUCAUGUUCUUCUUCUACAGCAUUGUUGUGGUGUUCAUUCUGAUCAACAUGUUCAUCUCGAUCAUCAUCGAGAAUUUCCAACGCGUCAAAUCGCAAAACGACUUGCAGUCCAAUGAAUACGAGAUAGUUGACUUUAUGACGGAGCAGUUUCGCGAUUGGUUGGGGUGGACACCGUUUGGUUUAUUCAUGGGAUCUAAGAAUCGUGUUGGAGUCUCUAAGACUGCAAACGCAAAAAGACCUUCGUACAAGCAUCGCGCUCGUACCAACCAGGCAGAGGUAUUGAAGACCAGGGUGGACAGGUUGGUGGAGCUCAUUCAGAGCGUCCACUGUGAAGAAGACGAUGAAGAUUUCUUGAAAAAUGACGGAGAAAUAACUUACAGGUCAUCGGAGAAGCAGGCGACAAAGCGCAAUAUGAUAGCGUGAUAUAGCAGUAAAACACACACACACAC